ACAUUCAUCAGAAAAUAAACUGAAUAAUUUUUUUUUUUGAUUUUUGAUUUUCAUUGAUUUUCAAACGGAACAUGUACAAGCUUGAACAUUAAACAAAAAGAUGCAGAAACAUCAACCAAAAUAAGAAAAACACCCACGGCAGAGCUUUUUGGGUAAGAUGGAUCCAGAUCAGAUGGGAGGGAUCCCACCCACGGGACCAGGCUCCUAUCGUCUCCUUCACCAUCGUUCCCAGAAGGCUCCUUUGUUCAGAAAUUACCUAGCAAAAGGAGGCUGAAAUAUUGCCGGAAUCUUACCGGAAUCAGCUCGGUUUUCUCCUCCCUCUUUUCUCCCGAAACCCAGAACAAUGGCUCCAAAUCAAACUCCAACAAUCAACCAAAGGCUCCCCAAAUUCAAAAAACCGACCCGCCCAAUCAAACUCAAAAAUCAACCCCAAAGACCCCCCUUCUGUAUUCUGCUUUUGCUCUAAAUAUAGACCCAAGCAACAAAAUGAAAUAAAAAUGAAAAAAACAGUCACUAAUGAUGCCAAAUUUGUCUGCUAUUGGCUGUUUUUUUCUGUAUGGCUGUAGUGUGCAGGAGGCAGGGGCGCAGCAGGGGCACAGGCAUAGCAGAGUGCAGGCGAUCUGGUGCAGGGCAAGGGGAUCUGGUGCAGAGCAAAGCUGGUGCAGGAAGCAAGGGCGGGCGCAGCAGAGUGCAGGCUGGGGCAGAGUGGAGGCUCGGUGCACGCAAGCAGUAAGGGAUCCGCAGCAGGGGGUAGGGCGCAGUGCAGCAGGGCACAGGCUCCAGUGCAGCAGGGCACAGGCUCCAGUGCAGCAGGGCGCAGGCUCGGGUGGAGCAAGGCACAGGCUCGGGUGCAGCAAGGCACAGGCUCGGGUGCAGCAAGACGCAAGCUCAGGUGCAGCAAGGCGCAACCUCAGGUGCAGCAGGGCGCGGGCUCAGCAAGGCGCAGGUGCAGCAGGGCGCAGGCACAGGUGCAGCAGGGCACAGGCGCAGGUGCAGCAGGGCACAGGCGCAGGUGCAGCAAGCAAGGGGGCGCAGGAGGGCCUGUUCGCGGCGAGCAAAACGGAAAAGGGAGGAUUCCAGACCCCCUUUUCUUUUCUUUUUCUUUUUUUUUCGGUAAUUGGGUUGGACUUGUCAAUUCAUUUUGAUGAACUUCACCCCUCCACGUUUUGAUUUCUUCAAUCGAGUCCCUUGUCUUGAUUUCCUUUUCCCGUUUCUUCUUGAAUUUCGCUUUACGCAUAACCCCGAAACAAAAUAAAGAUAUAUUAGUCAA